UACCAUCAGCCAACAAGAAGACGACUGAGCAGCCGGGAAAGCAAGGGAGAAGCGAGAGAACAUGAGCGGAGCAGUAAAGAAAGUCACGGAUGUGGCAUUCAAAGCAUCGAAAACGAUAGACUGGGAUGGGAUGGCGAGGCUUUUGGUCUCCGACGAGGCCCGCAAGGAGUUCGCCACUCUCCGCCGCGCAUUCGACGAGGUCAAUACUGCUCUCCAGACCAAGUUCAGCCAGGAACCUGAACCAGUCAACUGGGAGUACUAUAGGAAAGGAAUUGGCUCUCGCUUAGUGGAUAUGUACAAAGAGGCCUAUGAUAGCGUAGAGAUCCCAAAGUAUGUAGACACAGUUACUCCGCAAUAUAAGCCUAAAUUUGAUCAGCUAUUGGUGGAGUUGAAAGAAGCAGAGCAAAACUCUCUGAAGGAGUCUGAGCGUUUGGAGAAGGAAAUCGUUGAAGUUCAAGACCUGAAGAAAAGGCUCAGUACAAUGACUGCAGAUGAGUACUUUGAGAAGCAUCCCGAGCUGAGGAAGAAGUUUGAUGAUGAGAUCCGGAAUGACUACUGGGGUUAUUGAUCAUGCUUGCUGAUUUUAGCAUCAAAAGUUGAAGAGCCUGGCGAGCAUGUCUAAAUUUAUUCGUGUUUUCCUUGUCUGAUAAUAAUAACCACCAGACCGUUUAUUUGCGACGUUCUGGGAUUGAAGAUGAUGAGGAUUGCCCUUGUCGGAUGAUGAACUAUUGUUUUCCCAAUCACUUUAGCAUUAUUGAAAUUUACAAGAUAAUGUAUUCCAUUUCAUCUA